ACAAAUUCCGGGAAGCCUAUAACAUAAGUUUGAGCACUGGGCGAUUGCUCAGUCGGAAAUAACUCGCGAGGACGACAGCAUACCGGCAACGGAAGCGAAGCUCAUCAUGGUGCAGAUAUCGCAGACCGAGGACGACAUCAAAAUUUCAAUUGAACUCAAUCGUCUGGUGACACGGAAGCCGGACGUUGUCCUUCUGCCCCAGUACUUGAAGUUCAAUAAUCCGCCCAUAUUCUUUGAGCGUCAUCUGGCCCAAGAGAUCGACGAGAUGGCCAGUUUUUGCCGCAUCUUCAAGAACGAGGCCCGCAUCGUGCUGGUAAAGAAGGAGAAGGGCGUUUGGCCAGAGAUGUUUCAGAAGCUGGACAAGGAGGCACUCUUGAAGAAGCGCCUGGAAAUCGCCGAUCUCAUUGUAGAGCGCAACAAGCAGCGCGAUCAGCAGGCCAUGGAACGGUACGAGAACAAGCGUCGCGCCGAAAUCUCGAAGGAAAUCAAGCGCGAAACAGAAAUGAGGGAUCGCGUCAAGCAGUUCCAGGAUAAUGCCCGACGUGAGGCACUUGUGGUAGAUGUGCGCAAGGAGACAUCCACGAAAUCUGUCAGUCCCCCAUUACACGCCCCCUAUCAGCAACCACCCGCACCGACAGCUGCCGCUCGCCUGUCCACUCCACUGACUCGUCCCCCGAUGACCGCCGUACGUGGCAGUGGACGCAUCAGUGUGAGCUUCACCAAUGAACACAAGCGGGUCACUCCCAAGCGCGAGUCCCAAACAGACAUACAGAUGGCCUUUGCGGCGGCCGGCAAACCCACCGACCCGUCCAUGAAGUCUCCUAUGGAUACUCUGGAUGAAUGAUUAUCCCCACAUCAUCACAAUAUUAUACAUACAUAUAUCCCUUUUUAUGCGUGUGUGGGUCAGCCUGUGCAAAACUGCUGUUUCCUAUUUUCAUAUCUCUACAAAUUUAAACGUGAAUUAAACUAAAAGACAAGUGGGUUUCAAU